AUGGAUGGUGCUUUUUUUGACGCAUUGGAGAACCUCAAUCCCGAUAAAGAGGUAGAUAUCAAUAUAUUCAAUUACAUCAUCAAGCAGAAAGAUAUAAUUAUCCAUGAAUUGAGAGAAAAAAUUCAAAUUCUCAGUCUACAAAUAGGACUUAUAAAUAAAGAUGAAAUACCAUCGACUAGAGAAUCCAUAUCGACCAACAAUGAUAAAAAAGCGGUGGGUACAAAAACUAGUUCAAAUCCGAACGCCAGAAGAUAUCCCCCGCCAAGAAAUACAUCGAAGAAUGAUAAAUCACCAACAGAUAAGGUUGCCAACAUGUGUGGAAAUUCCUCAGGUAGCGUAAUCACCACUUAA